GGGUCGGUCUUUAAUUAUCUCCGUUUAGGAGAGUAACCAACUAUUUAAGUAUAUAAUCAGCACUAAUAGCCUUCUCCUAGUUACAACAGCAAUCUUUCAAAUACUACACUCAACUACAUUCUGCCACCAUGUCGUCAAUCAAGUCUCUUGAAAACAUUUCACAGGCCAAGCUAUUUUGGGAUACUCAGAACAAUGAGGUGUCCUUAUAUGCCUCCUACUUCAUUACUGCCGCCAUCUUCAUUCUCAUUGUGUACAGUCAGCGGGAGAGCUACCCCAACCUACCCCGGCUAAACCCCAAGAAGGCUACAGAGCUAACCUGGAAUGGGCGGCUCCACGACUAUAUGAUGCAAAGCCAGAAGCUACUAGCUGAGGGCACGCAGCAGUUUCCAGACCGACCUUACAAGCUCUAUAUGGAGCAAGGCGAUAUGGUUGUGGUCCCGACCAAGUACGCUGAGGAACUGAAGAGUAACCGCGCUCUAGACUUUAGCGUAGUAGCCAGCGAGGGUAUGCAUUGGCAUAUUCCUGGCAUGUCUCCCUUUAAAUCUGAUGCGGGUACAACUAAAGUUGUUCAAAAUUACCUCACCAAGGCCCUAGCAUCUUUAACUAUGCCUAUAUCGCUAGAGGCUACUAAAGCCCUUUAUGACGUACUCCCUCAGUCAAAAGCAGAAUGGGCUGAGGUGAAGCCUACAGACCUCAUGGUUAUAGUAUCACGCAUGUCGUCACGCAUUUUUAUGGGCGAGGAGCUCUGUAGUGACAUGGAAUGGAUUCAGGAGUCCUCGCAGUACGUAAACGCCGCCUUCCAGGGCGUGUAUCAGUUGAGCCAGUGGCCGGGGCCAAUGCGCCCGUGGGUACACUGGUUCCUGCCGCACUUCUAUGAGAUCCGCCGCCGGUUGAAACGCUGCCGUGCUGUCCUACAGCCGCACAUUGACCGUCGCAUUGCCAUCAAAAAGGCUGCUGCUGCACGUGGCGAGCCAAACCCAUACAACGACUCUAUUGAGUGGUUCUCGCGCGAAUAUAGCGCUGGUUAUGACCCAACCCAAGCCCAGCUAAAUUUAACCUUAGUUGCAGUCCAUACCACCUCCGACCUACUGGCUCAGACUAUGAUGGAUAUUGCAAAACACCCUGAAAUCCUUGGCCCCUUGCGCGAGGAGACGAUCCGUGUGCUCCAAACCGACGGCUUGAAAAAGUCAGCCCUCCAGAAGCUCCACCUCAUGGAUGCCUGCUUUAAGGAGUCACAGAGAAUGCGGCCUGUCUUUCUUGCCGCCUUCCGACGCAGGGCCCUAGCUGACGUUACUACAAACGAUGGCUUUGUUAUUAAGAAGGGCACCAUGAUUUCUACAGAUAUACGUCGAACACACUUCAGUACAGAUAUAUACCAGGAUCCGUCAAAAUGGAACCCUUACCGCUACAUCGACAUGCGCAAGUCAGGCCAGGAGAAUCAGGCGCACCUGGUCAGCACCUCAGACAAGCAUAACGGCUUCGGCUACGGCAUCCACGCCUGCCCGGGCCGCUUUUUUGCGGCCAACGAGCUCAAGAUUGCCCUGGCCCACAUGCUACUGAAGUAUGACUGGAAGCUUCCUGAGGAUGCAAAGAACCUUCCCGUAAUGGCGAUGGGCUCGAACUUGAUUCUAAACCCUGCUACCAAGUUCCUUUUCAGAAGGCGCCAGGAGGAGCUAGACCUUGAUACACUGGAGUCCUAGAGAGAAAUUAAUAGGAUAUUAGAAUAGGGCAGGGCAAUUCAGAGAUUGAUUUAAGCCGAUCAGAAGUAGGAAGACACGUCAAAGGGAAAAGUAGUUAGUCUGAUCAAGUAAAGAGCCCAUAUAAGGCAGACUAAUCACAUAGAUAGAACAUCAAUAAACCUUUUUCCCUUCU